AAUUAUUAAAUAAAUGGAGGGGCAAUCUUCACGAAAAGUUUCUAGGACCAAAUGCAACCGUCAAGAAUGUACAAAGUAUGCUAGAGAUUUUGUCUUUUUAGUAAUUUUGGCUUCUAUUGACAUGAAUGAAGAACCAAGAUCUGCCAGCUCUGUAGUAUACAAUUUCAUCAAGAAUGAGAUCUGAAGAGGAUUCCGACAGACUCUAAAGGAAUUAGGUCACAAUUAGACAGAUUGAGAAGUGUCUAUUCAUCCCUGAGUAGUGCUUAUGAAGAAUAUGAGCAUUCUUCUACCAUUGAAGGGCUUCAAGAAGCUUUAGAUAAUCUUUAAACUAGAAUGUAACGAAUACAGUCAGAGGGCCAAAGAAGUCAUUGAUGAAGAAAGAAAUGAGGAAUUCGAUGAACUUGUGAAGGAAGGAGUCAGACUUGAGAAUGGAAUUUUUGAAGGCAGAUUCGGAGGAGAAACAAGACUGCAGCCCAAUUCUAAGAUUGUUGUAUAAAUAUUAUACAGAGUCAAAUUCACUUCUUCGCUUUAAUAGAGAUGCAAAUGUCCCUUAUUCCUCGACACGAUUAUUUUCUAGCCAACCUAAUCGAAAUCUCGUAAGAAAAAUUACAACAGAAUUUGGAAAGAAGGUAAAAGCAAAAGUAGAGAAGGAAAUGGAAGAGAAAUAUGAAGAUACAAUUAUUAAUCUACAGUCUACACUUAACUGGAAUGAAGAGAGAAUGUCAUACCUUGAAGAGGAAAAUAAGCAACUUUGGGAGCGUUUAGAGCUUUCCAACUCAGUUGCGGAAGCAAUCAACCACAAUAAUGAUGAGAAAGAAUUAGAAAUUUAAACAGAUUAAGUCAGAGAAGCAGAUGUCUUAUAAUGAGACAGAUAUGAGAAGUCUUAGCUCAUUCAAUAAAAUGGCUGCCUUUCAUUAUGAGCAGAUUUAUGGUUGAUUCUUUGGAGAAGGAGUAAAGUUUGACUCUUCUUUUGAUUUGAAACUAGACAUGAAGCAAGAUAAUGCUCAUGAGUUUAUCCAACUAGCUAUUGUGAGCUUUUAUGUUUUUCCUAAAAUCAAUUCUCUCAGUAUACAAAAUUGUGAGUGCCAAUUUGAUCAAAUAAGUGAUUUCUUAGAAAAUUGCAUCAAGCAAAGCAUACCUUGUCUUAAUCUGAGUGGUUCUUUAUCCAACUUUGUGGAAGCCUCUAUUGGAAUCAACAGACUGCUCAAGAUAAUCCCAAACGUGACUAAAGAACUCUCAUUUAAAAGCUUCAUGCUCACAAGUAAAGAACUCUCAAAUGUGAUUGGGAAGGCUAGCCAAGUGCAGACUCUCUCACUUUUAAACUUAAGGUGGAUCGAUUAUUAUCAAAGCGAAGAGGGCAUAGACUCAAAAUUUGAGCUAGAAAAAGGAGAAUACAAGAUUAAAACUUUAAAGUUGAGCGUGAUUUGUGAGGAUCAUUUCCUUGAAGGUCAUGGACAUCUUUUAGCACAGUACGAAACCAUGAUCUUGGAAAUAAGAAACUCAAGUCUCAAGGACUCUCUCGAGCACCUGUACUUCAUUGACGGGCCUUAUGCCCCAGAAAAUGAUGUAACCUCCCUAAUAUGCAACACUGGUCUUAACCACAUCGCUCUACACAUCGGACAAGAAAUCCCUUCUACAGAAUAG